AUGCGUCCACCCUCGCCAUCGAUUCCAGAGAAAAAGUUUCUUUAUGAUGCUCUGAAGCAGUCUCUGCGACUAGACGGUCGUGAUAUGCUUGAUUUUCGAACGCCGACCUUCACUUUUGGCCCUGAACUGGGUUGGGUAGAAUGUGCAAUGGGCAAAACACGCGUAAUUGCACAAUUAGACGCCAAAAUGGUCAAACCGCUGCCAGAACGACCCUUUGAAGGCAUCAUUACAAUACAUUCUGAAAUCUCUCCUAUGGCGUCUCCGGACUAUGAACCUGGUCGGCCUUCAGAAGAAGAGGUCACCCUUACCCGCAUGUUGGACAAGGUCCUCCGAAGAAGUGACACUAUUGACAAGGAAUCUUUGUGCAUAUUGGCAGGUCAACGAGUCUGGCAAUUGCGAUUGACGGUUCAUGUCCUCGCUGAUGCCGGUAACAUACUCGAUUGUUCAUGUCUCGCUGGCAUCGUAGCUUUUAAGCACUUCAGAAAGCCGGAAGUAGAAGUCGUUGGAGACGAAGUCAUCGUUCACUCGCCAUCUGAACGCGCACCCAUCUCGCUUGCAAUACAUCACACCCCUUUCUGUGUGACGUUCGCAUUCUUCCCGGAUGCAUUGACGCGACCCGUGGUGGACCCAUCUUUGCUUGAGCAGAGGCUGAGUUCAGGUUUGAUGAGCAUAGCGAUGAAUGCUCAGCGCGAGAUAUGUGUCCUACACAAAGCAGGGGGGGUUCCGACGGCACCAGAGGAAGUCCUACGAUUAAUUAACGUAACUUCCAUUCUGGUCAAAGAUCUUGACAAGCGGGUCGAGGCUAGGCUGCUGGAAGACUGGGAGGGUAGGAAAGUUGAAGUGAGAUAG